UCAUUCGGAAUACCUCGGUCUGUGUUUCCAUUCACAACCAGGGUGUUUUGUCAUGAUACCUUACACACUGAAAAUAAAUCGUUCACCAAACCAGCAUUUAAUUUUAAUGUGUAGAUUUAAACAUGUCCCUGGUCAAGUAAAGAAAAGAACCAUAUUAGCACACAAACUAAAUUAAAGCUGAUGCCAAACUCUAUACAUUUCUUAAAUAGAAGGGAAAUAUUAGGAACCAUGGGCUUAUUCUUAUCUAAAUUGACGACUCUUUUCGAGUCUUUUUCCUCUGGAUCACCCUCCAAAAUUCUUAUGCUUGGCUUAGAUGAUGCAGGAAAAACAACGAUUUUGUACAAGAUAAAACUGAAAAAGAAUGUGUGUACCAUUCCCACGAUAGGAUUUAAUGUUGAGACCGUGUCCCAUGCGAAGGGUGUGUCCUUUACUGUGUGGGACGUCGCGGGGCAGGACAAAAUUAGACCGCUGUGGAACAACUACUACCAAGGGACAGAGGGAUUGGUUUACGUGGUGGAUAGUAACGAUAGAGAAAGAAUCAUAGAAUCACGAGAGGAACUCUUCAGAAUUCUUCAAACUGACGAAAUGAGAGGAGUUCCAGUAAUGGUUAUCGCUAACAAGCAAGAUCUUCCAAAUGCUCUAAGUACCUCGCAGGUGGCUGAAAUGAUGUGCUUACACAAAUUGACGACCCGGAAGUGGUACAUUCAAUCCGCAUGCGCAACAACCGGGGAAGGGAUUUUCGAUUCUAUGCAAGAAUUAUCAGCAAUGGUCAAAGAAUAUAAGAAAGGACUAAAAUGAAGCACAUUCAAUUUAAAUGUGCAAUCGAAAGCAACCACUUAAGUGUUCCAAGCAAGCUAGCUGUGUGGAUGUUUGCACACAGAAGAUUGAUGAAUGUUUUAA